AGGGUUACGAUUUAUUGAAAUCAAGAAAUAAUGGGUUCUGUUUGGAAAAGAAUAAAUAGAGUUGGCAAACGGGCAUCAAAGUUUCAGUUUAUUGCCUCCCUUGAAACGAUAAACUUGGAGUGCAAAAAGGAGAAGAAAUGGCUGCCAAACAAACUUUGUGUUCUAUGGACAAGAGGGAGCAGAAAAAAAUACAGCAGAUCUUACAAGUUUCAGUCAGGCAUUGCAAAUCCAUUCAGAGGUGUUAUCAUCAUGACUGAACCAGAAGAUAUUGAGAUAACAGUCACCAUGUACAAGGAAGAUAAACCUGAUAGCAAGUUUGAGCCUAAGGAAUGGACAUUUGUUGUAAUGGAUGAGUCAUCAGGAGGACGAAGGAAACCUAUGGCACAAUUUAGCAUUGAUAUGGCAAAUUACUACAGUAUUGAGCCAUACACCCAUGAAGUACAGUUGGAUCUCAAACCUGCCAGUGUCAAAGUUAAAAGUUGUCAACUGGAGCUUGGCUUGUCGUGUGUCCUUCUCAGAGAGGGUAAAGCAACGGAUGAUGACAUGAUCAGCUAUGCAAGCAUGCUCAGUUUGGCUGAUGAUCGUUUUGAUGACUUUGAUGAUGACUUUGAAGAUGAUAACAUGGCCAAACGUCGCAGUGGUGCUUCAUUUGGAUCAUUUCGAGGAUCAAUGGGUAAGGGACAAGCUCAAGAGUCAAGUCCAAUUACCAGGAUGAUUCAAGAAAGAAAGGCAAAGAUAGCGGCUAAGAAAAGUGAAAAUCCAGACGUCAACACAAAGCAGCCCGUAAAACGCGGACCAGAUUCAGACUUGCUAGCGUGGUGCCAGAGUGUUACUAGCGGAUACAGGGGCGUAAAACUGACAAACAUGACAACAUCAUGGCGAAAUGGCCUAGGCUUCUGUGCUAUUUUACAUCAUUAUCACCCUGACUUAAUUGAUUUCUCCUCUUUGUCGCCUCAUGACAUAAAAGAAAACAACAAAUUGGCCUACGAUGGAUUUGAAUACCUCGGAAUACCCAAGCUGUUAGACCCAAGUGACAUGGUUUUGGCGCCUGUUCCUGACAAACUCACUGUAAUGACAUAUCUCCAUCAAAUAAGGACUCAUUUUAAUACACACGGCAGUAAAAUCCCUCGCAUUACUUCCUAUGAAAGUAUGGAUUCUACUGCGUCUAGCAUCAGUGCUUUGAUGUCCAAAUAUAAUUUUUCUUCGCCUGUUCAUAGCCCUAGAGAAGAGUCAAACUCAUCUGAAAAAUUUAGUUUUAAAGACACGUCCCCCGAGAAGGCUACUUCUAAAAAGGCUUCAGAGUCGAAAAGUAGCAACGAAAGCAGCAGUGUGUCGAAGCAGCAAAAAGUUGUUACGAAAUCUUUGAAUCCUUUUGAGGAAGAUGAGCCAGACACGACAGAUUCAAAAUCUUAUGAUGAAAAGCCCAAAUCUAAAGAAAAGGAAGAGAGAAGUGUUAUAGUGACUGAAGAAGUUGAUGAAGAUGAAAUGCUUAAUUUAAUAAUUCAUAAGAAGAUAAAGGAGGAAGAGCAUGUCGUAGAAGAGAAAAAAAGGAAGAAGGAAUUAGAAGACGAGAAAUUGCGACAAGAGAAGGAGCUAGAAAAACAAAAGGAACUAGAAAAGCAGAAAGAAUUGAAAAAGCAGGAGGAAUUGAAAAAGCAGGAAGAAUUGAGAAAUCAGAAGGAAAAAGAGAGGCAGAGGGAAUUAGAAAAGGAAAAAGAAUUUGAAAAGGUAACGGAUUUACAAAAACAGGAGGUAAAUGAGGAGACAAGUAAAAUGUCAUUAGAGGCUGAUACUUAUAAAAUAAGUGAAAAUGUGCAAAGAAACAUGGAACUUGAAAAUGAAUGCGACAUUCAAAUAAAGCAUAGGGACGAUAGUAACAGUUUAAAUAAAUUUGCAGUGGAGAAGAAUGAGUGCAGGACUGAAGAGAUCCAAGAAGAAGUCCCGGUGAACAAAAGAACGAGUAAAGGUGAUGUUUCAAACUCAAAACCUUCCGAAACUCAAAUGGAUGCUGGGGUGAGAGCGAUUUUUUCUGCACUCAGACAACAACAAUGCAAUUCAGCUGACGCUAAGUCAGAAGGUUCUGGUGCCAGGAACACAGAAAAGGACCACGAGGAGGAUGUCGAAAGCUCUGAAGUUUUCAUUGAACACCGAGGGACUACAGACAGCCAAGCUGUCAUUCCCAAAGAUAGAAAGCCAGAUGGCAAUAUUCCUGAGAGAUCAAGCAGUAGUCUUCCUCGUGAGGACAAGUUUAGCAAUAAAAAGGCAGACAUAGCGAAAUUAGAAAAGCAGGGAAACAGAAGAAUUUUGUCAGAAUCUUCGAUGCAGAAUAUGAACAAGGAUCGACUUGAUGUUAUUCGAGACAGGGCAAGAAGGCUUAUUCUUGAUGCAAAGUACAAGGCAGGAAAAGACAUAGACAGCGAAGAGCAAAAUGAAAUUCAGCAGAAGGAGAACAGCGAACGGGCUCGAAAAUUUCUUAGCGAGAAAAAGAAGCGCGACGAAGAAUUGAAAACAAAAUUAGAUAAGCAAGAGGAGGACCGCAAACGAAUGCUCCGUGAACAAGCAAGCAAAUUACUACAACAGGCCAAGAAAAGAAACUCAGAUUUCAUAAAAACGAAACAGCAAACUGCAGCCAGUGAGGCUACAGAGAGUGCCUCAGGGAGUCAAGAGCAAGAAACCCAACAAAAUGGUCAGGAAAGAAAGAACUCGUUGCCAACGGAUUUUAAAACAACGCCAUUUACUUUGGUUAAAAAGAAGACUCUUAAGGAGUUAUCACCCAGACAUUUUCUAAAGGAAAAGAAACCUUCUGUCGAAUCAGGCCAUUCACGAAGCAGCCAAUCACGGAGCAGUUCUUCCGAAACCAGUCCACCGGUGACUCCAUCAAGACCCACUGAUACAAGCACACCGAACAAGUACAAGAUGUCUGCUUCUGCAGAAGCACAGGCAUAUGCUGAGUCAAGGAAGAUAUCAUACGAGGCCUUCGAGAUGAGCUUCGAAUCAAAACGACGCUCUAGAGACAUUGCUGCGGAAGUGGCUGCAGAGCUGGCAGAAAUUCAAGAAAAAGAAGAAUUAGAAAAGAAAUUGGCUGAAGAAGAAAGCUUGGACAACAGAACGUCAUCUCCAGAUAUGGAAGGAGAGGCAACUUAUGAAGAAGACGAUUUUGAUGAUGUCAAUUUGAUGUCGGCUGGAGAAUAUUUAAAUGUAGAAAUUUUAAACCUGGAAGAAGAGGCAAAAGCACUGGACAAAGUUGCCCAAAAGUUAGAAAAGGAAUUGCGAAACGCCAUGAAAGAGGGCGAAGAGGAGGAAGAAGAGGACCUGUUACAAGAAUGGUUUAGCCUGGUCAAUAAGAAAAAUCAUCUCUUGAGAAGACAGCAAGAAUUGUCAUUAAUAAUGAAAGGAGAUGAUUUAGAACGGCGCUCUGAUAUGAUCAACAGAGAGCUUCGUGGACUUAUGUCUAUUGAUGAGGGGCAAAAGACAGAUGAAGAAAAACAAAAGGAGGAGUUGCUUUUGUCAGAAUUGAUGAUGCUAGUAAAGCAAAGAGAUCAGCUAGUGCAGAUUGAGGACACCCAAGUUCAACAAAGUGCUCAUGAUGAAGAGCAUGUUCAACAAGUACUGGAUCAGAAGAGGUCAACAGGUGAUAGAACAACCAAAGGAGAAUGCCUUAUACAGUGAAAAGGAAAUGCCCAUGAGAGAUUCUUAAGCUUGCAAAGAAGAAUGUUCUUGGUGUUGGUCAUCCCAAUUGAAGGACAAGGCAAUUAAUAGGAAACUUCAACAGAAUUUUUGUGAUGAACCAAAACAAUAUCUCCUAUCACUAGGAAGGAUAAUGCUGAGCUCCCCUCCUUUAUUAGAGAAGCAUCAGCCCAUUUAGUUUCAUUUUUACAUUUUUGCUAAAUUUUGCAAGUAUAUUUGUGGUAAAAAUUCACACCAAGCAACUGCUAUAACUCUGAAAAUUUAUGAAUGCUCAAGUUUUGAAUAAUACCUAAAAAUUCAACUUUCACUUUAAGAAUGACUUUCACUUUAACAGUCUUUGCUCUUAUCAGAUCUUACAACGUUUGUAGUUUAAUGAUAAAAAUUAAGUUGUGUUUUGCACAAAUUUAAUAGAUAUUUCUAUUACAUUACAGCCAAUACAAUUGUUACUCCAGUUUUCAGUAUUUUAGCAUGUAUAAAGUUAUAGAAAGGAAUUACAAAUAUUGUCUUAACUUAUUUCCCUGUAAUAUAUAAGAAUUGUUUUCCAUGAACUGGAUUUAGCAUCAGGCUUUGUAAGCGACCUGUCUUUCCUUGCUAUUAAAUCAUUGAGAAUCUUGGUUUCUUUCAACUUUUUUAUUAGACCCUUUUUUUAAAAAACUUACUUUGUUUAUUCAUAUUCAACCCAAUUUGAUGAUAUCAUAUACCAGGUACUAUCAAUCAUUAAUCAUAAAAUAUGUUGAAUGUGAUUUUUAAAAUGUAACUGGCAAAUGCUGUCUAGUUUAUAAAUUUUAUGCACUCGCAUUUACUUAUAUCUAAGUUUGUAGUUGAAACUCUGCUGCAUAGUCAAGUAAUACAAUGCUCUUUAGCAACUAACUUACCAUCUAAUAUAGAAUAAAGUAAUGAAGAAUUUUGUUAGCAUUAUUGAUAUUAUAACCACAAAAA